AUGACUAUUCCAUUCAAGCUAUCGGCUUCACUUUAUUCACACGAACAAGAUGUUCGAGCUCUUGGUGCGCUUUCCAACGACUUGAUCUUUUCAGCUGCUCGUGACAAAACGGUCCGAUCUUGGCGACGUACAAGUUCCAACACCUUCGAACCUGAAAAUGCCUUCCGUGGUCAUGAACACUUUGUCAACUCCUUGGCCAUCUUGCCACCAUCGUCAACGUUCCCUAAUGGCUUGGUGGCAUCGGGUGGAUCGGAUCGCCUGGUGUAUGUAUACGACCCGGCUGAUACAAAGCAAGCACUCUAUACAUUGGUGGGCCAUUCAGAGAAUGUCUGUUGUCUCACAACGUCUCCUGGUGGUGAUAUCAUCUCUGGUUCAUGGGAUAAGACCGUCAUUGUCUGGAAAGAAUUCCAACAAGCUUAUACAUUGAAAGGACAUACGGCUGCUGUAUGGGCUGUAUUGGCUUUGGAAAAUGACUUGAUCUUGACAGGUGCUGCUGAUAAGACUAUUCGAUUAUGGAAGAAAGGAAAAGAGAUCAAGGUUUUCCAUGGACACACAGAUGCUGUACGUGGUCUUGCUACGGUACCUGGUGUUGGCUUCGUUUCAUGCUCCAACGAUGGAACCCUUCGAGUAUGGACAUUGGAUGGUGAAUGCGUUCAAGAGCUAUCGGGUCACACUAGCUUUGUGUACUCUGUCACGGUGCUUAGCACAGGCGAGUUUGUGUCUUCAAGCGAGGAUCGAAGCGUGCGUAUUUGGAAAGAUGGCGGAUGUGUCCAAACAUUGCAGCAGCCUUGUGUAUCAGUAUGGGCGGUCUCCCAUUUGCCAAACGAUGAUAUUUUGGUUGGUGGUAGCGACUCUGUGGUCCGAGUUUUCACUCGCGCGGAUGAGAGGAUGGCGGAUGCUGACACGCAAAAGCAAUUUGAUGAACUCAUUGCAAGCCAAUCAAUUCCAUCGAACCAGAUUGGCGAUGUAAACAAAGAAAAGUUAGCAGGACCGGAGGCUCUCAAUCAACCAGGAAAGUCCGAAGGACAAGUUAUCAUGGUCAACAACAAUGGAACCGUUGAGGCAUAUCAGUGGAGCACCCAAACCCAAACUUGGCAAAAAAUUGGCGAUGUUGUUGGUGGUGUCGGCUCGGGAAGCAAGCAACUCUACGAAGGCAAAGAGUAUGAUUAUGUAUUUGACAUUGACAUUGGAGCGGGACCUAAUGCUAUGCUCAAACUUCCCUACAACGUUGCUGAAAACCCAUACACCGCUGCACAGAAUUUCAUUUGGCGUCAUGAGCUACCCCAAGGAUUCUUGGAUCAAAUUGCUGAUUUUAUUGUAAAGAACGCACAAGGUGUGGAGCUGGGUCAAGGAGGCGGACAAUAUCAAGACCCAUUCACAGGUGGUAACAGCUAUCGACCAAAUCAGCCAUCUUCCGGUGCCUCAACUUCAAACCAAUUUCUCGAUCCUUUCACAGGUGGAUCAUCUUAUCGCGGCGCUGGUGCACAAAUGGUCUCGGAAACAACAUCGCCAGCAUCGAAAUCAAAGAUUCUACCUCUUACAACAUACCUAUCCCUCAAGCAAGCUAAUCUGGAUGCAAUCAUCUCCAAGUUACAAUCGAUCGACAGCGAGGCAGGACCUAUGAAACUGAGUGAUGCCGACAUGAAUGCAUUGCUUGCAACAGUUGCCUAUUUGCGUAAUCCAGCGAGCGGAGGUGAUAUCAAUGGGCAAGGUGUCACUGUGUUAGCAAAGAUUACGACCACCUGGGAACCAGCAAAGCGAUUUCCAGCACUCGAUCUAUUACGUCUUGUCGCAUUAUACAAUCCAGAAACUAUUAGUGCCGCUGUUCCUGAUGGUGAUCCUGUGAGCUUCUUUGCCAAAGUGGGUGGCCUUUCGAAUCCAAUGAAUGACAAGGUGGCCAUGACCAAUGCUAUGCUUGCCUAUCGUGGUAUUGCCAAUGUUUUUGUAUCGCCUCGAGGAAGAACGAUUGUAUGGGAAAAGCGUGCCAGUGUGGUAGAUGCCUUGCAAAUCGAAAAAGUCAGCGUUUAUAAUGGCAAGCCUGUGAGACUAGCUAUCAGCACCCUUGCGCUCAAUAACAGCUUAGCAGUGCUCUUAACCAUGCAUGAUCAAAAGGAUGAAGACUGCCAAAUGAGCCUGAUCGGAUCCCUCGCUGAACUUGUGAAAUCAGAACAUGACGAAGAGAAUUUAUACCGCAUUCUUGUGGCGAUUGGCACAUUGGCAAAACGAUCUGAUGUGGCCCGAGAAACGGCCCGUGUAUUAGAUGCUGCGGUGGAGGUCCAACGUGUAAAAUCGGAAAAUGCAGGCAAGGCACGCAUUCAACAAGUUAUAGACGAGCUACUUCCUCUUUUGAAAGCAUAA